GGCUUAUCAUCUCCCAUUAGAGAGUGAGUCCGAGUAAGACGAAAUUUUUGCGCAGUUUUCGCGAAACAAAACAAUCGAGCGGACGAAUAAAAUGCACUGGAAGCUUCAGUUGGCGUUAUUAGCUAUAGUUAUAAAUAUAGUCAGAUCUCAAAAUGAUACGGAAUCGGUUACGGAUAAUACGGAAGCAGAACCGGAAACAGAAUCGGACGUGGAAUCGGGCCAGUUUUUUAGCCACCUCUACAAAAGCAAUCUGCGACAGAUGGUGAAAAUCAAGAAUGACUCUUUGGAUCCGUGUGACGAUUUUUACGCCCAUGCAUGCGGAAAUUUUGAUCAGGCAUUGAAGGAAGAUCCGGAUGAAUCUUUGCCCCCUUAUCUCUACAAUAAGCAGGAUAGGAUGGGCUUCUUUACGGCACAGGUGGCCAACUUCCAGACUCUCCCUGGCAAAUUGAUUUCGCAACUAUAUUCGGAGUGUCGGCAAAGAGGGCAAAGCAAUGCUUUCUGUGUAAAUCCACCCACUCAUUGGGAGAGCCUGCUGUCGGAGAUACCCUUCCUUGCACAGCAUGAGACGGUGCUCAGAGAUUGGCCUUUUCUCCAGCAUCAGUGGGAACGAAGACACCUCAAUGGGCAGCUGAAUUGGAUCGCUCUUUCGGCUCAACUGGCAGCUCAUGGCGUGCCCACCUUACUAAACAUCUAUUUUGCUCAGGAAACGAUUUAUGUAGCUCCCUUGGAGGAUCUGCCGUGUCCCAGCAUGGAGGAUUUUCAGACGAGUCUCUCCGAUGUUUUAGAGGGCCGUCAUCACCGCGUUUCGCACGUAAUAUCCCACGAGAUGAGAGUUCUGUGUCGCGGAAUGAGAGGAGAGUUGCCGCUCGCUAGAAGUUUGACCAGAAAGGACAGGACCACCACAGCCAGCCCUGGUCAAGAGCAGCUUCUGCUGGAUGAGAAUACAAUGGAUUAUUUUCAGCACUUCUUUGGCUCCCUGAACUUUUCCAAGGAACAGCUGGAAAGGGCUCGAAAGUUUCCCCUAGAUGUGGACAAGAUCACGACGGCUUGGGAAGUCUUGAGGCAAACUGAGCCUCGCAUAGUUUACAACUACGUGUUGUGGCAGGCCAAGGAGCACCUACGCUACCCAGACUGCUACAGGGUAUCAGAGGAGUUUGAGAGGCUACUGCACGCCGAGUACUGGCAAUGGCAUGUCUUGAACUCCCACCUGAGCAGGGAGGUGGCCUUGGCCGCCUACCAACUGCACACUACUCGCUUUCAGCAACGGCGUAGAUCCAGUCUGUCCCAAAGGGAUUGGUAUGGUUAUCUGCUCCCAGCUUCUGUUGAAAAAAAGGAGCUACAGGUGGCUCGCAUCCUCCAGGCUCAUGCUCAGCACUAUUUGAAUAUUAGUGAAUUGAACGAAACCUAUAGCGGUGUGAGCUUCAAACGGAACUCCUUUCACGGCAAUCUUUUGCUACUUAGACGCGCCCAGCUACGCCACAGCUUCGAAUCCCCCUAUAUAGACGAAGAGGAUGUCAAUCAACCUGCCUAUUUCCUCAGGCAUUUCCUUCACUUUGUCCUGCUCUCACUGUAUAGACCCACUUUUCACUACUAUGCUACUCAGGGAUUGGAGCUUUGGCGACAGUCACGUCUUCUUCUGGAUACCGAUGGCAGCUACACCGCCAUGGACUGCCUCGAGAGACAAUCUCUUCAGCACUUUGAUGCCGAAUUGGCUCCAAUUUAUCGAAGUCUAAGUUUUGACGAGAUCAAGGAGAUCUUCCACUUCCAUCGCUCGUUUCAGACGUCUCUGCGAGAUUAUCGCUUUUGGCUGCAGGGCGAAAGAUUCGCCUUUGCGGAAACCUUUGUGCUGCAGUAUUUUGGCUUGAAUCCGCAAAGAGUGCUCUUUUACGCGGUGGCCCAGCAGCUGUGUAAUCGCCAGGCUGACAUCUUUGCAGCCCAACUGAACAGGGGCUACAUGAAUAUGCCGGAGUUCCAGGAGGCCUUCAAGUGUGGAGCGGCGAAGCCAAUGAAUCCGUCAGCCAGAUGUAUGAUCAAUAUGUGUGAAUAGCAAUUUUGAAUUAGAAAAUAUUAAUUAAUAAGAAUUCAAAUAAAACAGAAUAAAAAAAUA